AUGAGUCAAUCACUUUUUGUACCUCCGUACUUUGACAGAAGUAAUUAUGCUUGCUGGAAGGUUAGAAUGCUUGCGUUUCUUAAGUCCUUAAAUGAGCAUGUUUGGUUGAGUGUGCAAAAUGGCUGGAAACCUCCCUCCACUAUCGAUGAGAUAGCUGAGUGUAAUUGGAAUAUCAAGGGACUUUAUGCCUUAUUUAUGGCCGUGUCUCCUGAAGAGUUUAGGAGAGUGUCAAUGUGCGAAACUGCUAAAGAGGUGUGGGAUAUUCUUAAAACUACACACGAGGGAACUAAAACGAUAAAGAACUCAAAAUCACAAAUGCUAGCUUCUAGGUUUGAAGAAAAAUUUCAAAAGGCUCUCAAGAAUAGGAGAAAGCCUCAGGAUAGAAAAAGUGGAGUCCCUAGCAGAUUCUCAAAAGAAAAAACUGAAAGGUUUAAGAAUAAAAGUUCUGGUGAUAAACCACGUUUGGGUAAGGCCUUAGUUGUUUCACUUACUGAUAACGAGUCUGAGACCAGUGAUAGGCAAGAGUCAUCUAGUAGUGAAGAUGAAGGGAACUAUAUGGCAUUUGUGUCGACUAUUAAGAGUGAAUCUGAUAAGGAGAGUGACGAGGUUGAGGAAGAACUUCACAAUAAUAAUUCUAGUAAUGAGGAUGAGGAUGACAUAGACAUACAUGAGGCCUAUCAACUCUCGUUCAAGGAGAGUCUUAAAAUCAAAAAGAUCAGUAAAGCUCUACUCAAAAAGGUUGAUGACCUUGAAAGAGAAAAAGAGAGAAAUGCUAGUAAUCUCCAGAAUUCACUUAAGAGUGUCAGUGAGUUAAAAUGUGUCAAUGAGAAGUUGGAAGACAAGGUUAAGACAUUAACUAGUGAAUUGGAGAAAUCUAAUGCUCAUCUUCAGAUUUUCAUAAGUGGAACUAAGAAAUUGGAUGAUAUUUUGGGAAUGAAUAAGCCUACGGGAGAUAGGAAAGGUCUAGGAUAUGUUGAGGGUAAUACACAUGGUGCUGGUCCAUCUAAAACUGUAUUCAUUUCUGCCUCUAGGAAGUCUAAUGCUGUCAACAGUCCAAAUAAGGGUAAGAAUGUUUCGAGGGAACAAAGUCAUCAAUCACGUAGAAAUUUUAUGCCCAAACACCCACAGACACGUACCUUUGAGCCUAGGUUCAUUCCCACCUGUCACCACUGUGGAGCUCUAGGACACACUAGGCCUAGAUGUUAUAAGUUAGGCAAUGAGCGUAGAAAUCAGAAUAUUCCAAGUCAGGUCAGUUUUCUGACUAAUUAG